AAUAAGUCAUCCGAAUAGUGGUUACGUCUGUAAUCGGUUAAAUCCGUUAACGCUCGCUUUAACGACGAAACUAUAAUUAUUGUGCUAUACCGGUAGUGAUGUGCUCAGUAGAAAGUUGAAAACUUGAAAAUGGGUUACUUCCGUGCUAAAACCACUUCACAAUGGGAUAGUGAUAUUAAACCGUUACAGUUUAAACCUAAUCAUACAUCGGUGUAUAAAAACUUUUGUUUGUUAAGUGUGACUUUCGCAUUUAGUGUUGGAUUUACUUUAGGAAUUUUGAUACCUUUAGUUUAUAUAAAAUCGCAUAACGCGAAUGAGACUGAAUCUAUAUUAAACGAAACUCUAGCUACUAAUACUUCAGUUAUAAAAACAAUUUUUCUAAAUAACAGUUACGGUUACAUGAACUAUACUAGAAACAAGUUUCCAUCGGUGUCUUUCGUCGAAAAUAUCAAAGAACCUUCUAGUGAUGAACAAUUAAUUGAAGAUGGUAUUUAUUGGGGACGAACAAUCGAAAGGGCGUUACCAGAAGGAUAUCACGACAAGAAGCACGUAAUAUGGGAAGAUUAUGUUAAAAACGCGAUAGCUGUCAAAAUGGAAAACGGUUGUGGGAGAAUGCAAAAUCGAUUGAUAACUUUUCAAGAUGGCACGAAAGGUUGCGUGAGAUAUAGACAAAACACGGAUCAAAUACAGGGAGAAUUAUUUAGUUUUUAUCUCGCUAAAAUAUUGAACAUACCUAAUCUUGCUCCUAGUACUAUAAGAGUGAUAAAUUUGAACGAUCCGUUGUGGCGUAACUUACGCAACGAAAUAGCUUCGGCUCAAUGGAAUUCAAACAGACCGAUUGUUUUAACUCAAUUCAUAUCAAAUUUGAAUUCUGCCAACAUUCCAAAUGUCUUCAAACCAGUGGAACGGCACUUGAAUAAAUUCGACGUAAUAAAUAUGACAAAAAAUGAGGUCUUAGAUAGCGGUGAUUUAAUUAAAACCUUAAUAGAAUUAGCUCAAUGGUCCGAUUUGAUUAUAUUCGAUUACUUAACCGCUAAUUUAGACAGGAUAGUUAACAAUUUGUACAACUAUCAAUGGAAUGCUAAUAUUAUGGACGCGCCUGCGCAUAAUCUUGCGAGAAAAGCCAACAGUGAUUUAUUAUUAUUUUUGGACAACGAGUCGGGACUUUUACAUGGGUACAGGUUACUUAAAAAAUACGAAGUUUAUCAUUCCAUCCUUUUGGAUAAUUUGUGUUUGUUUAGAAGACAAACAGUGGAUAAGAUCAAAGAGUUGAAAAGCAAAGGUAACAUUGGACACAUGUUACGAGGUAUGUUUGAGAAGUUGAACAGUGAAACAGUUAAAGAUAUUUUACCAACGAUACCAGACAAAAGUGUAAAAAUUCUAAACGAACGAAUAGAGAAAGUCUCCAAUCAAAUUUCCAAAUGUGAGUCUAAUUUUUCCAAUAGUUAGUUGAACAAUAUGACAAAAAUAGGUUUUUAUAAAAAAUUUUUCGGUAAUUUAUACU